AUGAUGAAAGCAUUUGAUAACUUCUACAACAACUCCAUCCCACCGAAUGUGAAGCAAGGAGAUGCACCGGGGCCAGGUUUACAAGAUCAUUAUAUCGGAGCGAUUGCUUCUUUGGCAGCGAGAUUCGUUAAUAAUAGUGCCGUUCUGGGAUUCGAGAUCAUGAACGAACCACAACCUGGUACCAACAUUGAUCAGUACACUUUUUCCAGCAACUAUCUAUAUCCCUUCUAUAAACGUGUGAUACAAGCGAUCACCGGCGUUCGUGAUGAUUUACCCGAUUGUCCGCACUAUGCCUAUGAAUCGGCGUUGAAUGAGUCCGUCGGUUUACAAACGGCAGUUCCGGUAACAGAAUACGGUUGUGGUGCGGAUGCGGAUGACACCUUGUUGACUCCCACUAUCGAAUCCCAAGACAAGGCCAUGAUAUCGGCGAUCGUAUGGCCAUGGAAAAACAAUUGCUUUCAGGCACGUUGCCAAACCAGCUGGAGCUUGUACGACUUGGGAUCACAGAACGGUUCAGUGGCAAACCAAAAUAGCCCUGAACCUCCCAAUCGCGUUCGAAUAUUAUCCCGAGUACAUCCACGUGGUGUUAUUGGUCAGCUACAGCACUACUUCUACAAUGCCACCACCUCGUCAUUUGUCAUGACUGCUAAAUGUCUGAAUCAAGCAGCAUUGAUGUCAGUGAACGAAACACUCGUUUACAUCCCGAGAAGAUUGAAUAGCUCCGUGAGUCGUGUAGUUGUCAUUAAUCCAACAUGCACUGGACAAUAUCAAGUACUAGUGGCGAACACUACCGAUGAAAUUCGCGCAUUGUAUCAAGCGGAGCUUACGAACAAGCAUGCGGAGACUGAAUCGAAUGGUCUUCGCCGCAUUGCAGAGUGCUAUGGAAACCAAUAUCAAACAACUGAUGCCGCAGCUGAACAAGUUUCAGCAGUAAAACUUGACUUCUCUCUAACCGUUUCGUUCACAAUUGAACAAAUACAUCUCAUGUAA